AUGAUUAAACAACAGCAACCACAGCAACUUAAGGCACAAAGCACCCAGAUCCCUCAGACCAUUACAUACGCCAUAUAUGCAUAUAAUUCAAAGACGGCAGAACAAACGCAAAGGUUGAAAUAUGGAGAUUUGGAGAUAGUAUUGAAAAAUGACCAUUUCGAAUUCGUUUGCAAGGGUGGUGCAGUGAUAUCAAAUAUAAAAGAAAUUUUAUUUAUGAAUUCAAAAAUUAAAGGAAUAACGGAUGAUAUAACAUCAAUUCCACCAGAAGAACAAAGAUAUUACGCAUUAAAUGCAUUUCCUAAAGUUUUGAAGAUUGGAAGAUUUAAUUUAAAUGAGGAAUUCAUAAAAGGUUUCCUAAAUGACAUAAUGAAGAAAGCAGAUAAGGAAUAUGUGGAUAGUGAGUUAAAUAAGAAAGCAGAUAAGGAAUAUGUUGAUAGUGAGUUAAAGACUAAAUUAGGGGAGAAAGCAGAUAAGGAAUAUGUUGAUAGUGAGUUAAAGAAGAGGACAGAUAAGGAAUAUGUGGAUGAAAAAGAUAAUGAAAUUAAAGAAAUGGUUGAAUGGUAUCAUGAAUGGACAUCAAAGAUUUUAAAAACUAAAGCUGAUACAGGAUGGGUUUCAGGAUGUUUAGACCUUAAAGCGGAUAAAACAUAUGUUAACGAUGAGUUAGAGAAGAAAGCAGAUAAAACAUAUGUUAACGAUGAGUUAGGGAAGAAGGCAGAUAAAACAUAUGUUAACGAAAUAUACCAAAGUUUGAUAGGAACAAAAAAUAUUGAAACUAUUGUUGGGGAUGUUUCUGUCAAUGAAGAAAACAAAUAUUUUAGAUGGGAGUUUGUACACUCCUUAAAAAAUGGUAUACGGUGUAAACUCAUUCCGAAAAAUAACAAUGAAAUGUAUGUAGGCUAUAUAAAGAAUAAUGGCACACAAGUUAAAGUUCCAUUAGACAACAACUGUUACUUAAACUUAUAUGGAGAUGAACAAAAGAAAUAUUUAAGAGUUUAUGAAAUGGCAGGUAUGACAUUGCCUGACCCAGCUCCAGCACCAUAUUAUUAUGACUAUGGAGAUGAUGUCAGAACACCACAUGUAGAUGAACAAAAGCUAACAUUAUAUUUAGAUUAUUAUAGAUAUAAAAGAUAUAAUGCAAUAGAAAAAACGAGAAUAGUAUAUUAUUAUACAGAUGACAGAAAUAAAUAUUAUAGUCAAGAUUUUACCUACCCUGAAAACAUAAGAUUAUAUUAUAAAAAAUAUUCUGACACAAACCAGAAGAAACCUGAAAUAGUUACACUAUAUCUUAAGUUCAAAAGAGACAAUCCUAUAAUAUCUCAUAUGUUUGAUUUAAUGAACCCAGUAGGUUCUAUUUAUACAUCUAUGGAUGCAAGAGGUCCUCAAGUAAUGUUUGGUGUUGGUGCAUGGGAACAAAUAGUUGACAGGUUUUUGUAUUGUGCAAACUCUUCAAAGGAAACAGGGGGAAGUAAAACGAUUUCAGGUGAAAAUUUACCUGCACACAGUCACUACAUAGAUUUAAGUACAUCUCAAGCAGGUUGGCAUAAGCAUAGAUAUUGGGAUUGGUCAGGAAUGACAAAAGGUAAAGGAUAUGAUGUUAAAGACGAUGUUAAGUUUGCCAUAAAUUGUUACUGGAGUGACACUCAGGGAGAAGGAAA